CUAGCGUCCUGGUGGUGAAACUACACUGAGCAGAAAGACGAGCGGCUGUUUCCAGUUUAUUCCCGUCUCCAGCGGUGCCUUUUCUUUUUUUAAAGGGACAAAUAAUCUGACUGGAAAAAUGAUCUAUGAUGAUCAAAUUUGACCAAAUAUGAUAAUCAAAAAGACAAAUCCUGUAAAAGGAGCUGUGCUGGGGGUGUUGACGUUGGUGUGCCUUUAUCUCGACAGGAAAUCUGUGCCUCAUCCUGACACGUCGGCCUGUGAUGAGUGCAGAUUCCUGACUGACCAUGUGCGCUGUUAGGUAACAUAACGGCGCACAGAGGAGCCACUGCUGAGCCUCUGCCCCUCCCAAAGACAAACAGGAUCUGAACUUUGGGGUCAUGGACUCCCUUUCCAUAGCGAGAAGAGACAAUUCUUGAGUGUUAUUAGCGGAAGCGGUUAAUAAUAGCUGACAAGAAAGCCAAAUUGUUCUCUUGGUGGAGCCUUGUUCUUACAGAUGAAGCCAGAACAGAGCGUCACCAUUCCCUGAUAAACAAUGAUUCCCAUCACUGAGCUGCGGUACUUUGUGGAUACCCAGCCUGCAUACCGCAUUUUGAAGCCAUGGUGGGACGUAUUCACAGACUAUCUGUCUGUCGUGAUGCUAAUGAUCGCAGUGUUUGGAGGAACCUUGCAAGUCACCCAGGACAAGAUGAUCUGCCUGCCUUGCAAAUGGGUGGUAAAUGAAACCUGUCGAAAGUAUUUCGAGGCUGCCUUUGAGCCACAGGGAAUCCGAUACGACCUUGACAGACACCAGUACAACUACGUCGAUGCUGUGUGCUAUGAAAACAAGCUUCACUGGUUCGCUAAGUAUUUCCCAUAUUUGGUGCUGCUGCACACACUGAUCUUCCUGGCUUGCAGCAACUUUUGGUUCAAGUUCCCCUGGACUAGUUCCAAACUGGAACAUUUUGUCUCCAUUCUUUUGAAGUGUUUUGAUUCUCCAUGGACCACACGAGCAUUGUCUGAGACAGUGGUCGAGGAAAGUGAUCCUAAAGCUCUAGGGAAAAUGAACGGUUCAAUUGACAAAAAGGCAUCGUGUGUGAGUGAAGAUGUGGAGGCCAGUGUUUCCAUGCUGUCCACCACCAAGUCUCGUUUUGAGCAGGGGAUUGUCGACCACUCUGAAAACGGUGUCCUGGACAAAAAAGAGGGUGAACAGGCUAAGGCACUGUUUGAAAAGGUUAAGAAAUUUAGGCUUCAUGUCGAAGAAGGAGAUAUCGUCUACAGGCUUUACAUCCGACAAACGAUUAUCAAAGUUGUUAAAUUCAUCCUUAUCAUCUGUUACACUGGCUACUACGUCCACAAUAUUCAGUUCAGCGUUGAUUGUAGUGUGGACAUUGAGAAUCUUACUGGUUAUCAGAUGUUUAAUUGCGCCCAUCCACUUGCCACACUUUUCAAAAUCUUGGCAUGUUUUUACAUAAGUCUUGUUGUUGUGUAUGGGAUGAUCUGCAUGUACACACUCAGCUGGAUGCUCCGACGUUCCCUCAAGAAAUACUCCUUUGAGUCUAUCAGAGAAGAAAGCAGCUACAGUGACAUUCCAGAUGUGAAGAAUGACUUUGCCUUCAUGUUACACAUGAUUGACCAGUAUGAUCCCCUCUACUCAAAGCGUUUUGCUGUCUUCCUCUCAGAGGUCAGUGAAAACAAACUUCGCCAGCUUAACCUCAACAACGAGUGGACCCUGGACAAGCUUCGACAAAGAAUCACUAAGAAUUCUCAAGACAAGUUAGAGCUGCAUCUGUUUAUGCUUAGUGGAAUCCCGGAUACAGUCUUCGACUUGCUGGAGCUGGAGGUUCUUAAGUUAGAGCUUAUCCCUGAUGUCACCAUCCCCCCUAUUAUUGCCCAGCUCAUAAAUCUGAGAGAGAUGUGGUUGUAUCACACCCCGGCUAAAAUAGAAGCACCAGCCCUUGCAUUUUUGAGAGAAAACCUGAAAUCCUUGCACAUAAAGUUCACUGACAUCAAGGAAAUACCUCUUUGGAUCUACAGUUUGAAGAACCUGACAGAGCUGCAGCUUACAGGGAACCUCAGUGCUGAGAACAAUCGCUACAUUGUGAUUGACGGACUGCGAGAACUAAAAGGUCUCAAGGUUCUUAGACUGAAGAGCAACCUGACCAAACUGCCACAGGUUGUCACCGACGUUGGAAUGCACCUGCAAAAGCUCUCCAUCAACAACGAGGGCACCAAACUGAUGGUUCUUAAUAGCUUGAAGAAGAUGGUGAACCUGACAGAGCUAGAGCUCAUUCGCUGUGACUUAGAGCGCAUCCCUCAUUCCAUCUUCAGCCUCCACAACCUGCAGGAGAUCGAUCUGAAGGACAACAACCUGAAGACCAUCGAGGAGAUCAUCAGCUUUCAGCAUCUUCAUCGACUCGUAUGCCUGAAACUGUGGUACAACAAGAUUGCCUACAUCCCCAUCCAAAUAGGCACUCUGACCAACCUUGAGCGCCUCUACCUGAACCGGAACAAGAUUGAGAAAAUCCCAAGUCAGCUGUUUUUCUGUCGUAAGCUGAGAUAUCUUGAUUUAAGUUACAACAAUCUAUCAAACAUCCCAGCUGACAUCGGAAGCCUUCAGAAUCUGCAGUAUUUUGCUGUAACUGCCAAUAGGAUUGAGAAGCUUCCUCCUGAGCUGUUCCAGUGUAAGAAGCUGCGCACACUGAACCUGGGGAAUAACUACUUGCAGUCUUUGCCAUCUCGUUUUGGUGAGCUGAUCAAUCUGACGCAGUUGGAGCUCAGAGGGAAUGGGCUCGAGUGUCUGCCUGUGGAGCUGGGAGAGUGUAAAAUGUUGAAGCGCAGCGGCCUGAUUGUCGAGGAGGCUAUUUUCAAUACCCUUCCCACUGAGGUCAAAGAGCAGCUCUGGAGGGCUGAAAAAGAGGCAGUGUGAGAGCAGCACGCUUAUGAAACACACUGUUGUAUUAGAAUCCAGAGCUGUACGGAGCAAAAGAGCAUAUGGCCUCAUAGAGCAGGGUUUCAACGUUCAGGACAAGAUCUGAAGCAACAGUUAUUAAUAACCAGUGGUGAAAAGAGUAUAAAACACACUGACUUGAAUAAAAGUACUGCCACUCUAGUAAUAAUUUGCUUGAGUAAAACUAGUCAUCAAGAAAAUUACUCAAAAAUGUUUUCUUUUCUAUUCUGUUCUUAUGUUAACUAACCAAGUGAGCGAUGCUGAAGUGAACACACUUCGAUUAUUAAUAGUAUAUAAAGAAAGGUAAUGUUAGCAGUGAAAUGCUGAGCUGGCUAGGUUCAUUACCUAGCUAGGUAAUGUUAAAGAUGCCCCUUACACAUUUUCCUGAGUGUUACCUAUAGACCAGGGGUUUCACACUCAAAUUCUGCCUGGGCCACAUCAGCAUUUUGUGAGUCCUUGAAGCACCAUAAUGUAUGGCUAUUGAUUUUUUUUUUUACAUAUUUCUAAACUAUUUUCCAAAUGUGGAAAAUAUGUUACAUUAAGAAUGAUAUUUAAUAAUAACUCACACAGCCUUAUUUCUGCUAAGAACAUGUCUUUAGUCUAGCAUCUCUUUUGUCUUUGUGCUCCAUCAACUUCUUUUUUAUUGUUUCCAGCAUACGUGUAAGUCUCUACACUGGGUGAUACAUUUCAGGAUUAGGAGUCACUUAUCGAAUCGCCUGACACAUUUUUUUUUAAAUCUUGGUCUGACUUUCAUCAAACUCAGCAGAUAAGUGUUGAUUUUAACCACAGUUUCAGUGCUGUGAGAUGUGAACCCAUACACACACCGUACAGUGUAGCGUGCCGAAUACAGGCGGUCACUAUGUUAUGGGUCUGGUGUGAAUUCUAGGUAUAGCGGAAAUAUUAAUUAGUCGUGUACUACAGGCUGUUUCAGUAUUAUAUUUUUUGUAAGGUCACACUGGCAGAAUGAAACGAGCCAGCAUGCUGCGUUCGGCCCAUGGGCCUUGUGUUUGCCAAGUGCUAUACCCCAUAGCAGCACUUAGAUAUAUUUAACACAACGAGAAAUCGCUACCGAACAUUGAAAUGACAUCUUAAGAUUUUCUUACUGUAAAACAUCAAAACAUCUGGCUAGCUAGCCUAGCUCAGCUAGCAAAUGGCUUAUCUGUACAUGUUUCUGCUGUUUGGUUGUUGAACUGUGAAUGCCGACAUCGCCACAGGUUUUGGCUCAUCCUUUACAGAUCAUAAUCACACUGUUUUUUUGGAAGCAUUUAAAACUGAAGCUAGCUGAUAAAUUGGGCCAGGGAUGCUCGUCUGUCUCUACUGUUCCUACUGUUCCAGACAUUGCUGCUGCUGAAUAAAGCACUUUUUAUUUGUAGUGUAGACAUUUUGGCAGAAAACUGCUUUAUUUUGAUUUGGUCUCAAAAUUUAAUUAUGUAAAAUUUGCACCUACUGUCAUUUCAUUGGCUUACAGUCUUCUAGAGUUAAAUUAAUUAUUAUUAUUAUUUUACAAUAUGGAUUCAAAAAUAAUGCAGCAAAGUUGAAUAUUUUAAUUUAAAAAAAAACUCAAGUAAAAAUACUAUGACUUAAUUAUACUCAAAAUUAAUACUGUUACAGUGAACCAUGUACUCAAGUACUGUAAUGAGAAUACAUGUAGUUUGUUACUUUCCACCCCUGGUUAAUAGCUUGAAGGAAAUAAUGUGUUGCAUUAAGUAGACUUGUGUGAAGUAAAGCUGGAAGCAUUGAGCUCUCUGUGCUUUUGGGUGUCUGGAUUCAGAAUUAAUAGAGACAGAAAAAAGUGAGAAGUAGAGCUCAUCUUUAUUCUCCAUACUGGUGAUAUACUAUUCAGAAUGAGUGCACAGUUACACCUUUGGUGAAUUAAUCUGUCAUGAGCACUUUAUGGUCUUGAUUGUGAACAAUGAUCACACUUAAAUAGGAUUUUAUUACCUUUACAGGACUGCUUAAAACGUAAAACAGAAGUCUGUAAAAUAAAAUGGAGGGACUUUUGAGCCAAGUAGGAGUUUUUGUCAGAUUUGCAAUCUUAUUUGCAACUUACAAACAUAUGAUAAACUUUGCUAAUAGGAAAUAUUAUCAGUUCAUUAUGUUACUCAGUCUAAAUGCAUGCAAGAACUAAUUGGUUGUGGAUACAUGUGGUGUGUGUGUGAGUGUGUGUGUUUGUUUGUUUGUACACUUAAUAUAACCUGACUAUCUUAGCACUGUAAUUGGCUAUACAGCCAUUUUGAACAGUUAGAUUAUAAAUGUCAGACGUUCUGUUAUGUGGAAGGGGUUUGUACCACAGGGUUAAACAUGUUUAUUCAGUGCACUUAAUUAUCAUUUCUGCAGUGUAACCUCCAUUCAUUAAAAAGCAGCAUUCGAGCCACCAGUUCGUACACUGUCCGUAUUUGUGAUGUAGAAUGUGCCACUUUGUUCUACAUACGUUCUUUUGUGUUUUAUUUCUCUGCUAUAGUAUGUGAGACUCGGGUCAGUAUUCGGUGUACUGUAAGUGUUACUGGAGUGUUUGCAUGUUUACAACACUCAAUUUAACAAUGCAAAUAUGACAAAAAUGCUGAAACUCAUACUCAUGAGCGUUCAUGUACACACAUUUAUACUAUAUAUUACCCUAUGUGGGUGAAUAUAAUUUUUCAUAGAAGAAAGUGUAAGGUUUUUUCUUUUAUAACAUUUUGUUUUUCAGUGUCAAAAUGAUGCUUUCAUCUGUGCAUUAUUGUACAAUGUAAAGGGCAAUUUGUCAACCAGAGGCUCUGUUACUGUGUGUUCAUGUUCAGUGUUUCACAUUUAAUGUUGCACUUAACAUCAAUGUAAUUCACAACGUAUCAUUUUUGUUUCGUAAUGAAGAAAAAUGCACUGCUGAUGAGACAAUCAGAAACAUUUUGUGAAGUGCCAUGCGCUCUGCUGGCUUUUGUUCAUUUUAUUUAAACUUAUUAUAGCCCACUUUAUUAGAAUGAAUGUUGUAGAUUAUGUAGCACUGACUUUCUGCGUAGCAAGUUAAGCUGUUUCUUUGAUACCUGUUCCAGAACUUUUGUCACUCAUGUAUUAUGUUACCUCAGUGUUGAAUUUGUAUUAGUACAAUACACAGUUCCCUACAGAGUUUUCCCAGAGUUUAACAGUUUAAAGUGUUACUCAGGUAUAUUCCACUCAGCUUCAUACUGACUGGUUCAUGAAUCUGUUUUUUCCUCUAAGUGAUUAAGUAAAGGAUAUUCAUGCAAUGUCAUUUCUAAUACAGAAUAUUUGACUACUUGUUCAUUUCUAUUUAUGUUUUUUCAUAUACAGUGUUUUCUUUUUUUAAUGGAUUAUUUUGCUCAGUGUUGUCUUAAACUACCAUUACCUACUAGUUUCAUAUCAUGUAACUAUGCCGACACCUAUAAUCAUCUUUCUCUGGUGAUGUUAAUGGUUAUAGUAAAGUGCAUAAAGGCAUAUAGAGUGCUAGCUCCAAAAUAGCUGAAUCAAGUCCAUUGAAAUCUUUCUGUAUCGUCUUAAAAUAAUCUGUAACUACAAAGACUGCUCUUGGCAUUUGAAUGUGUAAAAUUCUACACUUCCAGUCUAGCCAAUUUCUCUAUCUGACUAAAAGCAAUAUGAUUUCUUGUACAAUGUUCUUUAACGCUGAGUAUUUUUUGUUCUUCCAUUUUGACACAGGUCCUUGUCGGUUGGCACAAAUAUGAAAACAUGCUUGAUUUGCCAAAACAGCACCAACUACUGUUGUAACAAUAUUAGAUAUCAUGUUAGAUGUAAGUUUUAUUUAUCUGGCAUUAGUGUGUGGACCUUUACAUCCUAAACUGUUUAAUUACUGAUUUACUUGUCAUUACGUGGUAAAUUUGUCCUUCCCAUAGAUUGAAAUUUAAUAAACUCAGAUGUAAUGAA